UUCAUUCCCUGCCUGGCGUUGGAGGCUGGCGGUGCAGCUAAAAAAUAAACAAAAGCACUUUUCUCUGCCUCUCCUAGGUGCAUGGCUCCUUCCUAUUAGCAGCAAGGAAUUCUGCCCAUUCUCUUUAAAAAUACAGUAAAUAAAUUUCCAUAUCAAAGUGACCCAGUUCCACUUAAAGGCACAUAUCUAAGGCAGCAGAGAUCCUGAGUCAUCCUGCUUGAAUUUCUGGGUGGGGCAAGCAAUAGCCAAGAGCUCCGGAGCAAGGAAAUCUUAGAGUCACGCCCGUGGAAUCUCCUCCUUUUUGCGCGCGAAAAGCAAAGAAAACGAAACCAGCUCUUUUCUUGCUGGCGGGGCAACCAUGGCUGCUGCUCGGGGUCCCGGCCAGGAUCUCUGCGAGGAAGCCACUUGCCCCAUCUGCCUGGAGUAUUUCAGGGAUCCAGUGAUCAUCCCGGAGUGCGGGCACAACUUCUGCCGAUCCUGCCUGAUCCAGUGCUGGGAGAAAUCCGAGGGAGAGGUUUCCUGCCCUCAGUGCAGGGAAAUCAUUCCGCACAGGAACCUCAUCCCCAAUCGGCCGCUGGCAAAUGUUGUGGAAAUACUGGUAGCCGAGAAAAUCUCUCUUCCAGGAGAAAAGGGGGCAGAAGGAAAGGGGAGGGUCUGCGAGAAGCACCAGGAGCCCCUGAAGCUCUUCUGCAAGGCGGAUGAAGCCCCCAUCUGUGUCGUGUGUGACAGAUCCAAGGAGCACAAAAGCCACGAGGUGAUUCCUCUAGAGGAGGCGUCCCAGGAGUACAAGGAUCAACUCUGCAACUGGAUAGAAAUUCUGAAGAAGGAGACACGGGAAACUCUGGCAGUUAAAGCAGACUUUGAGAAGGAAAGCCAAGACCUGCUUAAACGAACAGAAUCAGAGAGGGAAAAGAUGGUGGCUGAGCUCAGACGGCUACGACGGUUUCUGGAAGAACUAGAGAAAAAUCUCCUGGCCCAGAUGGCAGAGGUGGAGAAGGAGGUUGCCCGGAAAAGGGAGGAGCACCUGGCCAGGCUUUCAGAGAAGCUCUCCUCUCUUGACAACCUCAUCCAGGAGAUGCAGGAGAAGUAUCAGCAACCAGCGAGUGAACUCCUGCAGGAUAUCAGACGUUUCUUACAGAGGUCUCAGGCAAAGGAGAAGUUUGACACUCUCCCGUUUGCUUUCCCCCCUGCCCUGAAGUGGAGGAUCUGGAACUUCUGCGAUAUAAAUCCCUUCCUGGAGGGUGUCGUGAAGAAAUUCAGAGAAUCUCUGUGGUCAGGACUUCAGCUGAGAAAAGGAAAUGUAACUUUGGAUCCAGGGACAGCCCAUUCCCUGCUCAUCCUGUCUGCAGAUCUUAAGAGCGUGAGGAAGGGAGAAAGACAUCAAGACAUCCUAAACAACCCAAAGAGAUUCGACUACCAAUACUACGUGCUGGGACGUGAGGCGUUUAGGGAAGGCAGACGUUUCUGGGAAGUCGCUGUGGGGAGCGAGGGGGAAUGGGCCGUUGGGGUGGCCAGAGAGUCCGUGAAGAGGAAAGGCGAGUUCAUCCCAGGUCCUAAGGAAGGGUUCUGGCGCAUAGGGAAGUGGAGUGAUCAAUACAGGGUCUCCACUCGCAAUGGGCACCCUGUUUCGAUUCUGGGUGGGGAGCCCAAGAGGAUCCGAGUCACCUUGAACUGUGAAGGGGGACGGGUGUCCUUUUACAAUGCUGAUACAGCAGCUCUUCUCCACUCAUUCUCAGAAGCCUCCUUCUCUGGAGAGACCCUCCUGCCCUUCUUUUACGUGAGCAAAAAAGGCAUCUUGAAACUCUCUGCCUAAGGGUGGAGACAGAUGGGCCCAUCUCACAGCACUGAUACAGCUUCCUCCCCAGCAGGGGUGGGCUUUGGCAAUAUUUAGCAAUACACUGCCCUAAGCAAGGUCAAAAUUUGCCAACCCCAAAUGGUUUUUCUCAGUUGUGGGCAUUCUCAAUUUUGCGCCCCCUUUAGCUCAGUCACCCUAAAUGCAGGAUCAAACUCACAAGGUUACUUCCGCCCUGAGGAGGAGCCAUAAGUUGCAGCAGAGUGAUUCGCUGGCCCAUGUGGCAUUCAUGACGCCACGCCUCCUUUUCAGCCCGGUCCUGUACAAGGGGUGCUACCCAACUGAGCAGACCCUUUCCAUUGUUUGACAAAGUUGGCCCUGUUUAUUGACUUAAAUGGGUAUACUUUGAAUAGGACUAGCUUUGGGCACCACGCACAGCAAUGAUUUUGGCUGGUUCUUGGGUCAAUCAAGAAGACUAUCAUCAUCAUCAUCAUCAUUUAUCAUUUGUACCCCGCCCAUCCGGCUGGGUUUCCCCAGCCAUUCUGGGCAGUUUCCAACAAAGAUUAAAAUACAGUGGUGCCUCGACUUAUGAAUUUAAUCCGUUCCGAAGGCACCUUCAUAAGUCGAAAAAUUCGUAAGUCGAAAAACGCCUUUGGAUACGCGAUUUCCCAUAGGAAUGCAUUGAAAACGGAAAAAUUCGUAAGUCGAAGCAACCCUAUCUAAAAAUUCGUAAGUUGAAAAAUCCCUAUCUAAAACCGCCGCGGUUUUUCCCCGGAUGUCGAGACAUUUGUAAGCGCGCGGCCAAUACCUCUAUUUGUAAGUCGAAAAAUUCGGUUGUCAAGUCGUUCGUAAGUCGAGGUACCACUGUACAUUAAAAUGUCACACAUUAAAAACUUCCCUAAACAGGGCUGCCUUCAAAUGUUUCCUAAAUGUCAGGUAGUUGUUUUUCUCUUUGACAUCUGAUGGCAUUCCACAGGGCGGGUGCCACUACCGAGAAGGCCCUCUACCUGGUUCCCUGUAGCUUUGCUUCUCACAGUAAGGGAAGCAUCAGAAGGCCCUCAGCACUGGACCUCAGUGUCCGGGCAGAAUGAUGGGGGUGGAGACGCUCCUUCAGGUAUAUUGGACCGAGGCUUUUUAGUGCCAGCUUCUAAUAAACACAUGUCUGUAUGCAGUUUUGACCAAUGUACACCCCCCCCCCGCAAUAUAUUUCUCCUAGCAUAAUGCAUCUUUGUAUGUUAUUUUCACAACAAUAUUCAUUUUCAUGCUGCCAGUUUUUGAGCACUUUCACCCAAUAGAUAUUCACAAUAAGUAUUGGGAAAUAUUUGGAUUGCAAUAUUUGGAUAAAUGUACAUUUCAAUGGAUAGCUAUGUUUAGGUUGUCAGGUGGCUAUUGGAACGUGUGGAUCAGAUUGAUUCAGUUUUCAGAAUGUUCCUUUUUCAAUUAUUUUU